CGCCGCUGUGUGACGUCACGCCAUCAUGGCGCAACACAGGCUGUCUUUAAACAGUAUGUUUAUGAUUAUUCAUGGGUUUAAAAGCAGGCAACGAUUCACUGCAAACAGCUUUUGCGCUUAUACUAACGACUCCCAUUCACAUGUGAUACACGACAGACAAAAUCAGCGUUUUACGAUCAACAUUGACAGCGAUGGAGGAGUGAGGAGUGCUGUACUGAAAUACACCUUCAGAGAUGACAAACAUGUGGAGCUGAUAUCUACAGAGGUUCCUGAAUCACACAGGGGUAAAGGUGUAGCAGCUCACCUGGCCAAGGCUGCUCUGGACUUUGUUGUUGAAGAACAUUUGAAAGCAAGGAUAUCCUGCUGGUACAUCAGGAAAUAUGUGGAUGAAAAUCCUCAUCUUAAAUACCAAGCUUACAUUGAAGAUUAAUUCAACCCAGAACAUCUCUACUUGAUCCUAAAUCUAUUAUAUAUAAAUAUACUAUAUUAUGGAGUUUGAAAGAGUUGCAUUGUAUUAAGUUAAUGUGAGUAAACAUUUUAUGUGAUGGUAACUUCAGGACCCUCAUUACCCAAGAACAACUUCCUGACAUUACUCUUGUGUCUGAGUGGAUCCUAACAUUUAUAUUUCAACAUUCUUAAGGAAAUUGUGUCUGUUAAGCAGCUGAGCGAGAAAUUCAUAAUUUUUGUUAUGCUUUUGAAACAAAAUUGUUUAAGAAGAGAAAGGGGGCAUUGAUGUCUGAUGAUGGGGCUUGGCGAGCGGUUCCAGUUCAUCUGAAAGUGAAAAAACUGAAAGUGACAAGCUUGUCAAGUAUGCAAUGCAUACUCGAACGCAUACCUUUUACCUCUGCAUUUAACCCAUCCCAGCAUUUAUGAGUUAAAUUUAACACAUCCCAGUGACUAGUGAGCAACCACUGCAUGUCGUGAACACACAGCCAGAGCAGUAGGCAGCUAUCCCAGCACCCAGGGAGCAAUUAGGAUAAUGGUGCCUUGCUCAAGGGCACCACAGUUGCAACCCAACAGCCAUGAGACUCGAACCGGCAACUCUUGGGUUAUAAGCCCGACUCUGUAACCAUUAGAUUACAACUACUGUAUCUCUUCUAAAUAGAGGUUCAGAUGUUGGCCAGUAAAAUCUUCAUUAAGACUUUGUAAACCAUUUUAUUGUGGACUGCUGUUAACGGUUUGUCCAAUAGGAAUAUUUAUAAUGUUUAUAAAUGAAUCAGAGAAAAUAUGUUCAUUAUGAGCCGAUGUAGGCAGACAGAUUUUUAUCAGUGUAUAGUCCAUCUAUGUACACUAGCGGCUAAAAAGUUUGGGACACUCAUUCGUUCUUUAUUUAUAUUUUUUCCAUAUUAUAGAAUAAUAAUAAACUCGUCCAAAUGAAGGCAUAACACAAAUAUAACUGUGAGAAUCAUGUUGGUGACUAAAAGCAUCCAAAAUAAAGCAAAACUGUUAUAUUUUAUUAUCUGAAGUGCAGUCACCCUUUGACUAGAAAUUGCACAACCGUACACAUGUCAUUUUUUCAAGAAGCUUCUUAAAUGUUCAAUUUAGGAUGAAUUUUAAAGAGUAUAGGAGGAGUUCAUAUUUAAUCUGGGCUCUUAUGGGCUGCUUUUUCUUCAAUAUUCAGUGUAAGUCAUCUAUUUCAAAAAUAAUAUUUUAAACUAAAAUUUUAUAGCCUGGUUAGCCAGACCUACAUCAAGAUGUAAACCCUGGCAGCAAAUAUAUUUUGCGGCCGCUAGGGUGCGUCUAGAUUUCUAGGCUAAAAAUUUUAGUUUUCUAAUAACAGAAAUUAAUCUGUUUGGCACAGGUAUAUUUUUGUCUACAAAAGUAAUUUCAAGCAUUUACCAUACAUCUUCAGAUUAAAUGAUUUUAAAGAUCACAGUUUUCAUUUUAGUCAAGUGUCCCAAAACUUUUGGCCGCUAGUGUAUUCUCUGUACUAGGACUGCACAUCAUUUUAACAUCGGCAUCGCAAUGCGUGCAUCUGCUAUAUCACAUCGCAGAACCAAUAUUGCCAGUGGUACACUAUACAGUAUAAGAAAGGUUUUACACAGCAGAUGAAAAUCACAGAUGUCUAUCAGUGAGCAAUACAAAAAAUGCAAGGCAGAAGUUAAUUCCUCUUAAACUGAGCUUUUAUAAGUCAUCUGGUGAAGACAUCCAGUAUUUCUCAUAUCUCAAUAUACAUCACAGGAAAACAUAACGUUGCAAUGCAAGUUUUCACCCAAUAUCAUGCAGGCCUACUCUGUGCCGACUAAGUGAAUAAA